CCCAAAGCCAUUGCAAAUAGCCGCGCGACGGGGCUCAAACCGACGCAUCGGCAGCUCAGAGUUGUUCGUUUGCAAGGAACAAAUCAGAAUCCGCAGUGAUUUGCAGCGCCACCGCAGCAGCAGGGGAGAGCACCCCUCUCACUGCCCAGCCAGCAAAAUGCCGCCGCCGGCCCGCUACCUGCGCAGCCAUGCCGAAGGCCUCCUGUUGGAAGGCGGCGAGCCCGGUCUGCGGCCGCUGCUCAUCACAGCCGGAAAAGACGGCGGCGUCGCGUGUCGAGUCGUCCACCGCGACCGGCGGCCGUCGCUGCCGCAAGAAAGUGCGCACCCGUCGCUAGCCGCUCAAACGGCACCGAAGGUGCGCAUCGAGGGCCUUUUUGGUGUGUACGCGUUCAGCGGCGGCCCCUACGCCGCCGUUAUAUUAGAGAGCGAACCGCUUUUGAAAAGAGACAAAUCGACGCAAGUCUUCGCCGAUGCUAAAUUGAGGUGGCCGCGCGACGCCUGUCACGCCUUUCGACUGAGGCGGGCCACGAAGGUCGCCGUCGUGCCCGUCUCGAACGCGAACCGGCGGCUCUCGAAGCGCCAAGCCCAGGACGAGGCCCUGUGCCUGCGCCUGCUCGAGAGCGCGCUGCGGAAAAGGCCCUGGGUCUUCUCGCGCGACUCCGACGCGGCGACGCUGACGUCGACGCGCGCGUCCGACGCGCGGGACUACGCUUUAGCUGAAAGGCAAGCACUGAGACAGCGGGGGUCCAUCAAGGCCGAGGACGCGGCGCGGCAGCGCUUCGAGCGGGCGGAUGCGGCGUUCCUGUGGAACCAGCGCGUGCUUGCGCCGGUGGUUUGUUUCGGCGUGGAAAUCAAAUCGCGUCGACGGCGUGGAGGGCCGGGUCGCGCGACGCCGAUCGCGGCGAGGGCGUGGAGCGCCGUCCGCGAGAGCUCAUGCGACGCCGAGAGCGCGAACGGGGCCGCGUCGAUGGCGUAUAGAACACACACAACACAGAAAAAAACAACGCAGGUCGAGGCCGGCGCCGCGGCCUGGUGCUGCGCCUGCGCUUGCAUCGUAGCGACGGCCUGCGAUUUGGGGGCGGUCGACGACGCCGAGGACGAGGGCCCCGCGCCCUGUGCGGCGAUCGUGUUGACGAGACUAGGUGUGGAUACCGGUGCGCGGCUCGUACGGAGAGGUCUUGGUCGAGAUGGGUCGUUAUCAUCCUACGCCGAGACCGAGGUCUUGGUGGCGGCGGCCGCGACCCCAGAUAGACCCGCGCGGGCGUAUGCGUUUACUUUGAGUAGAGCAUCACCACCUGUAGCUCUAGAGGACGACGCGCCCUCACAAAGUCGUGGGGCCUUGCUCAAACGCAAACUCUCGAUAUCAAAAAAGGACCUCACGCAGCCGCCGACACCGGUCAACGCCAGGCACGCUAGGACAGACGCUAGAAAAUUGGACGGCGCCGUCGAACAGUUGCUGACAAGGACGAAGACGACUCAAGUGACCGUCGUUGAUCUAACAGCGCGGGCGCCGUCCACGUGCUCCGUAUCGUCUUUAUUAGUGAGGAAGCGCCUGAAGCAGGCCUGUCUGGCCCUCGCACCAGCCAAGCGCGGCGCUAGAGUGCGCCACGUCGUGGUCGGACCUUCGGAGGCGUUAGCUCAAGUGCCGGUGGCCCACGACAUCACAAGACUCCGAGUCGCGUCGCAAGGUCAACGGCAGCAGAAGAACACGGUGUUAGUUGUUGGCUGCGACGAGGUUGAUGAAACCGAUUUGCUACUAUGCGACCUCGCCUCAGAAACAAUUCUAAAAGCGGCGGAGGACGAAGCACUCGGACCGGACGGUUUCACACCAGCUGAUCCAAAGUAUGCCUCGUCCCAGCUCGAGGCCUGCUGGCGGAGGCAUGGAGACGGUAUAUCAACAGUAAGGUGCGGCGGCGGCGCGACCGUGGGAUGGAAGCCCUUCGUGAGGUUGGCGAGAGCGUUACGCGGCAGUCUGUUCGACGGCACGGACCAGGAUGGCUUGGACGUGGCUCUUGGUAGAAAAGCACCAUCACAACUCGUAAGGGGCGCCGACGAAAGGACUUAUGCGUGGGAGCGCGUCCAUUUAACCUACGCGAAGACGGUGGGCGUCUCGCUCGUCGCCGCGGGCGCGUUGCGACUAGCGGCGCCGUCAGCGUCAUGCAUGGAAAUACUAAAACAGGGCGUCGUCGCCGCUGUUUUAGGUGUCGUCUCCGUCAACGUCCACCAGGUCUGGGACGGGUCCCUGCUGGUUUCUGCGGCGGGUUCUCGACGCUUCGACGAAUAACAACAUGUGUAC